CUAGGCCAUAAUGGAUGUAAGGUCCCCUUCAUGAAGUGACGUGGCACCUUAUAUGAGUCGUCUCUAUAUAAAACCCAAACUUCCCUCAUUUACAAUCAAUUCAUCUUAAACAUUCUUUUCUCAUUCUCUACUCUCUCUAUUAUUGUUCAUCUUUUUCUCUUCUUCAAGGUUAUAAACAAUUAAACCAAUUUAAUAAUUUUUACCAAAUGGCUUCACAAGGUUGUGAAACUUUGGCUUAUGAUGUAGAAAUCAAGGGUGAUAAUCUUCUCAUGUCACUAAUGGAAGAGUUGCCAUGUGAUGAAAAUGAUGAUGAAAGACUAGACAGUUUGAUAAGAUCUUUUGAGGCUGAAAUUAGUGAAAGCAAGAUGAGUGAUCAUGAUGAUUCAAAAAGCAUAGAGUUACUACAAAUGAAGAGCAAUUUUGAUGAAAGUUGCAACGAAUCAUGGAACAUAGGGCAAGUGGAUGAAGGACAUGACUUUGGGGUUGAAUGGGUUGAUAUGGAUUUGAUGCCAUCCUUUCAAUUUGAUGAUGGGAGUUGGGAGUCUUGUGGAGAUGAGAUGAGUGUGAUGGUUGACCAUUUAAUGGUUUGUGAUGAUGGAUUUGAUAUGGAAGAACAUGCUUACAAUUCAUUUUGGCAAGAUAACUAUGAGAUGAGUUUGGUGCAUUAAUUUGUUGCUUAUGUAUAGACUAUAGUCAUGUUUUCUAAUUAAUGCUCAAACUCUUAUCUUCAUUAUGGAUAAUCGGGCUGAGAUUAUAUGCAAGAAGAAUUUCUGAAUA